CUUGCCUGGACCUGCCGUGGAGAUGGGAUUCUGCUCCCUCUUUUAUCCUUUCUAAAACACUGCUUGGGUCACUGGGCCUAGCACAGGGUCUGUGGGAAAUUAAUUCAGUGUAACUCUGCCUCCUCUCUCAUUACAGUCCAGUUCCCAAGAUAGACAGCGACUUGGUGAAUACUCUUCUCAGAAAUGGACAGUAACUCCUCCUACUCAUUUUAACAGUCUUGUAAACAUAACAGAACUGUCCUGCUAGUCUUAACUUUGUAUCAAAGCAAAAAGCCCCGCCACAUUUUCCCAUUUUCCCUCGCUGCCCUCCGAGCUCCCGGAACGCCCAGGACCUUCCCACAGCACAAAAUGGAACGGCGGCCAAGAACUCGGCACUUCAGCACCAGCAGAAACCGCACAAACACACCCCAAAAUUCCACAUGCUCACUUGUGAGACAGAAACAGUAGAAAAUGAUUGACCCGUCACAGUGGGUGGUGACCAAGAAGCAGUGAGAGAAAAAGAGACACAAGGAAAUUUUAAAGCUGGAAACCAGACUGGAAGAUUUCUUUCCACAGUGACAUUCCAACUGCACACAGAAGGCUUGAGUGAGCUACUGAGAAGACAGAAAUGAUAAAAAGUAUCUAGCAAGAAGUUGCUAACUUAUCUCUGCAGACAGGAUAUUUCUGCAGCUGUUAAUACCUGGUGGACUGUGUGUUUGAUUCAGUGGAAGUUCUACAUCAGAGGAUGCAGGGAGAAGAAACAAGCCCCCCAAAUUUGGGGUGUCUAUUUUCAUCCUGCAGGAAAGAAAGACAGGAGAUUUCUGCCUCCAACCAUUCAGCUGUGUCCAACUCCCAGAUUGAGAGGAGCUGUGUAAUGAAUGCAAAGUUGAAGAGAGUUGGAGAAAUGUGCUUGACUGUAUCCCAAGAAAAGAUCAAAGCAAAGAUCCCUGACAUGCUACCUCCUCCCAGUCCAUGUCAUACUGCCUUGGCAGAUCACAACCUGAACUCUUAGCUCAAUGAUAACCUGAAUUAUCUACUUGAAGAGGAAGAUUCAGAUGAAGGAUGGGAAGCCAAGUUCUGUCUUUUCCUUGUGCUGGAGCUGACUGUUCCUUGUGGGCAAGACUGCAGGACUUGCCUCUUAACUUGGUCUUGGCUCAUGCAACUCAGCAUUGCUGAUCAUGGUGCAAGUUCUUUGAUACUCGAUGUUUUUCCUGAAAUCCGAGUCUUUCAGGCAGUGACAGGUGCCCUAAGAAAUUGUAGUAGCAGAGUGUGGAAUUCAAAGCGAGACUCUUACCAGUCUGCUAAUGACAGUGGAGGAGCACCUGUAACUCAAGCUGACCUGCUCAAAAAAUAAAAAGACAGGAAUGCCUGAUGCAGACAGAAGAGACUCGCAGGAGAAGGGAUUUUUGAACCACAUGGCUGACAAGGAACAACGACCUGGGAGAAGCAGCCGUGAUGGGAAGCUGCCUGAAGCUGAGAAGAAGCUCCACGAGGCCGUCUGCGUGCUGCUGGUGGAGCUGUGCGAGAGGUUCACGUUCUUCGGCAUCGUGUGCAACAUGAUCCUCUUCUGCACCGCCAAGCUGGGCUACCGCAGCCACCAGGCAGCCAUGGUCAACAUGUGCUUCGUGGGCACCUCCACGCUGACACCCGUGCUGGUGGGCUGGCUCGCCGAGUACCUGGUGGGGAGGACCAAGCUGGUGUGCAUCUGCAUGUUCCUGCACUUCCUAGGCACAGCACUGUUACCUGUGGUGUCGUUCCCCUUUGAAGAUGUUCACAUCGACAGACGGCAGAUUCUCCUCACCCUGCCCAAAAGGGAGCAGAAAAUCCUGUUCUACUUUGCACUCCUCACAGCCAGCCUGGGAAUAGGAGGCAUAAGAGCCAUUGUGUGCCCACUGAGUGCCUACAGCCUUGAGGACUGUGGGCCAAAGGAGCUGCUGUCAUUUUUCAACUGGUUUCAUUGGCUGGUUAACUUGAAUUCAGCAGUAGUCUUUGUCAGCAUUUCUUACAUCCAGCAGUCCGUGGUCAGGAACCUUGGUUUUCUUAUUCCAUUUGUGUCUGGGCUUAUGGCAAUGAUCACAAUUCACAUGGUUCGAGGUGAAAUGAUUUGCAAACCCAAAACAGACAGUUCCCUGCUGACGACUUUUGGGGUGAUUUUUAGUGCCCUGAAAACGUGCGGUGUGCGCUACCGCUACCUCAGCACAGCCGUGGCCAACUGGCUGGACCACGCCAAGGAAAACCACGGUGGUCACUACAGUGAGACUCAGGUGGAGGGCACAAAGUCACUGGCCAGACUCUUCCCCUUGUUCACUUUCCAGAUCCUCUACAGAACAUGCAUUAUGCAGAUUCCUUCAGGAUAUUAUCUCCAAACCAUGCAUUCCAACUUGCACUUCGGUGGAUUUGUCCUGCCAGUUGCAGCAAUGAACGUGAUAAGCAUUGUGCCCCUACUGAUCCUUGUUCCUAUUUUGGAAUGCAUUAACUCCUGGCUCUUUAGCUCCAAGGACACUGGACAUUCUCCAACAAUUUACAUUGUUGUAGGUCACUUAUCUGCUGCUCUUUCCGUGACGGCUGCUGGCUUCUCCGAAAUCCACCGAAAGCACUUCCCUCAGGUGGAGCAGACUCUCUCUGAGGAGCUUCUCCUGGUCUCCUCCAUGCCUUGCUUCCACUUGGCUCCUCAGUACGUCCUGCUUGGAGUGGCUGAAGCCUUGGUAACUCCCUCCUGUUCCUUACUUUCAUUCUGGCUUGUGCCUGAAAGAAUGAGAGGGAUUUCCAUGCAUUUUUUAGCUCUCUUUAAUGGAGCUGGCUGCUUUGUGGGAGCUCUCUUUGUGCAGACAGCCCACGCAGGCACUCAAGGCACCUGGUUCCCACACCUGCUGCAUGAAGGUAAAUUGGAGAGAUUCUUCUUCUUCUUGGCGUCCUUAAUGAUGGUGAACACCCUGGGGUUCUGGGCCGUUGCACACAGAUACAACAAUCUGCAUGAAGAUUGCACCAAAGAAUUCAGAGGAAGUCUUCCUGGAGAAAAACUUUUAAAGCAUGAAAAAGCCAUCAAGAGUUAUAAUGCUGUCCUGGAAAGUUCUCCCAUUUUGUCUCCCGUGGAGAAAACCUGAUAGAAUUUCACCCUGAUAAAAUUUCAACCCUAAAUUUUGGAGGUUUUUUAUCCACCAGCUCUCUAAGGAUAAAUUACCCAGUGCACUUAAGUGGAACCAUGUCCUGGUAUGUAUGAAUGAUCUGGUGAAUAAUAAUGUUAUUUAGAAGUUAACAACAUAGCAUUCUUCAUAGGAUUUGGCCUUGAAGGAGGCUGCACUGUCAUAGUUCACCUGGAGGCCACCGAGAGCUCACUGCUUACCACAAUUGAUGGAGAGAGGUUUUUAAUCUUUAUAAGGAAAUAGGUAUCCACAUAUAUUUGUAUUUAGGAGUGGUCAAAAAUUAAUAAACAUGCAUAUAUUUGUUUAGCAAAUUACUUUGUGACAGUAUAAUUAACAAGUGAUUUUGAAAUCUUCUAUUGACUGGUUGAUGUUUGCAAUGGUGGGAAUCUUGUGUACUGCUCUUGGCUCUGGCUGAUUUAGUUUCCCUCUUGGUGAAAUGGACACAAGCAUUCUUUGCAAAUUGCUUUGAGAUCUACCAAAAAUAAAACUAGAAACCAGAUGCCAGCCAGCAGUCCAUAAGGUGUGCCACGAAACAUUGAUGCUGGGGUAUCCAGUCUCAUUUGGCAGCAACACUGUGAGAUCUGCCAUUCCUGAAGGGUGAUAUGAAAAAAAUUGCUAAUAGUAGAAUGAGACACUGGAAUAUAUUAGCACCAAAUUUACUGAUUGCUGCCCAGCUGAAGUGGGGUGAAGGGAAUUAGGAAAAGAUUGGAAAAGGGUAGAUGCAGUUGGAAAUGUGGGGAAAUAAUUAUUAGUAAAAUACUUUCCUACACACUGUUAAACGCUCCCAAAAUUGGCUGAUUUUGUUAUAGUGAGAGAUGAUGAUCUAACCCUUAAUAUUUCUAUUUAAAAGUCACAGAACUAAAAAGAGUGAUGAGAAGUGGGGUCUUUAUGUGAUAAGGAAACAUCUCAAACCCAAAAAAACUAAAGGAGCACUUUGAUAUCUAGAGGUUCAUAAUGAAAGGGGCAGUGAAGUCAGAAUGUUUGCUAGAUAUGAGGAAUGCUCUGCCACAGGAGAAGCUACAUGAAAAGGAUGGAAUUCACUGAGGUGACACAGUUUGUGAGCUGAAACUGUGCAAGAGCUGGCAAAGGAAAUUUCUUCUGCACCAUUAACCACAUUUAAUGCUGUAAAUUUAGGGUGGGCAUUGUGGGAGUGGGAGAAAAACAUAGUGAAUCCACCCCUUCCCAGCAAGAGACAGACUAUUUCUCCAAAAGUGGCUGCAUGAGCUGGGGCUGUGAGAGGAGGGACAGCAAAAGGCUGAAGGAUCUCUUCUCUGAGGGCAUUGGAAAGUGUGAAACACGCUAAUUUCCACAUAUUUAGGUAAAUUUACCCAUGACACCUGACAGUUAUUUGCUUGUAAGGUGUUCUUUUCUAAAUCAUGUUUGUACUGCAAUAGACCCAGGUUUAAGCCAUGAAAAAUAUUCAUUUCUUUUCUGAGAAAUCCUUGAAUACUUGACCUUUGUCCUUGCACAGAAAAGCUACAAAAAUACUGGUUGGAGUCUGCUGAUAGGAGGGAUGUGAUUGCUCUCAAGGCAUUUGAGAGUUAGACACAAAAGGAGAGGAACUAUGUAAUAGAAGGUGAAAUUUACGUUUUGGGCAGAUGAAUAUGAUUGGACUGUAGAUGUUUUAUUAAAUUACAAUUUAUUUUUUUUUAAUUGCAAAAGUAACAGUUGCUUGGAACCAUUUACACCAAGAACAAGAAACUUAACUCUGUUUUAAGGUGAAAUGUUUAGUCUGCUGCAUUCUCAGGCUGGAUGGCCUCAAACUUCCCAAGGCCACAUUCUUUUUUUUUUCUCCUCAGAAACUGAAACAUGAGAAUAGAUGACAGCAGAUAACAGAAUGCAGCCAUUUGAGUUGAAUUUUCUGAUGAAGAUAAUUAUGCAAGAAAAAGAGGAUUAGUUAACUCCCUCGAUAGGACCUCCUUAGAAUGGGCUUUGGGGUGAAGAGUAGAAUAUUGAAAGCUCCCUGCCUACUUCACACAGACAGGAGGAUUUUUCUACCAGAUUUAAUAAAGGGUUUGGCCUUUCAGUAAUGGAUGGCAAAAGAAAAAGGGGCAGUGGAUGCUGAAUUUGGCCUUAGUUCAGUUGGUGGAGCAGAGGAAUCUACAUUCAAAAAUCUAUCAAUCAAUCAAUCUCACUGUUAUGACAGAGCAAUUUAGCACUCAAAACCAACAGACAGGAAUUUUUCUUGAACUGCAGCAUCUAGGACUCCAUUCAAAGCUGAUGGAAUCCUUUGUACAUACAGGGCACUGCCUAAAUUACAUAAAUCUUGUGCCAGCACACUGUGAAAUCAGUAUAAAAGACUCUAAAGGCUUGGUCUUUAAAAGAAGCCGCUUUUCAUUUCUAAAAAAUUUGUGACUUUUUACAUUUAAAAAAAAAAAUUGGAGGAGAGCAAAAAUAAGGAUGUGUGUGUGCAUACAAAAUAAUGCAAUAAACAGCUGAAAAAUGUUAGGAGAGCUUGCUUUUGUUCAGCCUUUUGUUGAUCUAUGGCAGUUUUUACAAAGCACUCAGAUCUGACUACUUGUGUUUGAGAUCACCUGUUGCCAUUCUGCAUUGCUUUGCACAAAGUAAAUUUAGGAUACUCAUGUUUUAAUCCUCACCAUAAAGGUUUAUAGUUCUGAAGUGUAUUGUGGGAAAAAUUGCCUCCUAGAUGAGAUUAGGAGUGGCCAGAAACAUCCCAGUUCCGUUUUCUGUUUGAUUACUGCCUAAAUUUUCUAACUUUUCUCCCUUGUAAUUAGUAGGAAGGACUCUAGAUUCAGACUUGACUUGGGAAGAAGUUGCUUUUGUGCAGCUCUGGUUUUAACUGAGAAUGUGCUGUGCUCAUCAGAGGUCAUUACUAGCCUUGAAAUGGCCUGAUGGAUUCCUGAUUACUGCUGGUACAUUUUGGGGAUGUUUUUUUUAAGUAUUAAAUGUGUAUUUUUUACUGUAUUCAUGGACACACAAAAAAAAAAGCAACUUCUGUCCCAGACAAUUCAUAGACCACCUCAGUUAAGUCUAAAAGCAUGGGAUACCAUUUUUUGGGGGAGGGGGCUCUGUAGAAAACUCGAUGGAGAGGAUUAAAAUCUCCAUCUGUUAAGUUUGCACUGAUUAUAAAACACAUGCUCCCAGUUGGAACAAGAUGCAUUAAAAGAGCAAUUUCACUUCUACUGCCUAGCACAAUGUCAUUGAGCACCUGCAAUAGUUUAAGCAUUAAGCAUAAUUGGCUUUGCUUGACAUAAAUCUGUAGUUUUGUAAAUAAGAGCAGUUGAGUUUCUGUGUAAUACCAAUUAGCUAUAAAGAAUGCUUUGUUUGCUGAAGCCUGCAGCUUUGUGGAGGAAAGAGGGGGUUGUUAAGGCUCAGCAGUGGUACUCAGAAGGUAGAACCCAGAUUAGACAAUUACACAGGCUUUGAAUAUCCCUGUACAAGUUACUUCAUUUGUUUCAACCAGUUUCCAUAGAGUACAAAAGAAAGAACAUUUAUAAUUAUUUUGUUUUUGUAAAGAGGUCUGAGAGUGUCUGAUCAAAAUACCUUGGAGGUAAUUUUACAGCACUAGACUGAGAUGUCCUGUUCAGUGUUGGAUUUCUUUUCCCUUCUUUUAGUGGAAGCUACUUGAAAAUUCUUGAGGCACCCUGAAAAUUCUUGUAAAUUUUCUUGAAUCACUUGUUUUUUUGCCAGGGAUGGAGGAAAGAGGUGCAUGAUCUGCUAGACAUGAAAACUGGUCUUGUUCAGUUCCUGUGGGAACUGUGGGUUGGAAAGGUCAGGUGGGAGAAUCCCUUCCUUGUGGCAUUAUAGAGUAGAACUGCAGAGCAGAACUAAAGCUUUUAACUUUAGCUUGGUGUCUGUUUGGUGUAAAAUGUAUUAGAUUUGUCUUGGCAAAAGCAAAUGCAGCAGCCUUCCAGAGGAGGUUUUCAAAAUCUGCUUUUUUUAAUCUUAAAAAAAAAGGGCAUUCACAAGUCUCCUCAUGAUUUCUCCAUUCUGAAUAGAAUAAAAAUUACCUUUUCUUCUCUAUCUACCUGGUCUCUAGAAAGUGUCACCAUAGAAGUCAUAUUCUGGUGAUGUAGUACUUUAAAUUAUUCUAGUUUCAAUCUUUGUCUGCAGCUUUAAAUAUAGAUGUCCAUGAAUUAGAGAAAGAUAACAUCUAAACUUUAUGAAAUCUACUAGUAUUGGUGAUGGCUCUUUAAAGGUAAUCAGUUCUAAUACUCAGUGGUAAUAAGUGUGAAAGAAACUGCUCUGACAGGGAUUUUUCAGUGUUUUGGAGAUAUUUCAUCUCUAGAGUACUGGAUAUUGCAUCCUAAGGCUACCAAGUUGUAAAUACAAUCUAUAGGGUUUUUUUUAAUUUCAAAAAUAAAAUUGAAUGAAACUUUUUUUAAAAUACUGUAUGACCAACAUAUUUUCCUACUUUGAUGUUGAUUUUUUUGCUUUGAGGCUGAAUGUUUGUUUGUUCUGCCCAGCUUAAAUAAAGGAAUAGGAGUCUGUAUAUCUGCCAUUGACCUGGGGGAAGUCCACGACCUUACCAUCACCACAAUUUUAUGCAGAGCCAAAAUGUUCUCAUUCCUAUCUAUCUCACUUCUGAGAAAAUGCCCAAGUUUAGAAAACACUGCAGACAUUAGCUUUACAUUUUUUAGGCUUCUUUCCUGUUAAUAUAGGAAGCAACUGUUCAGUUGUUUGCACUGUCACAGCUUAGCUUUGAGCAGAGUUUUUGAAACUGAAUAUUCAUUUUGAACACCUAGCUGACCAGCUGGAGCUGAAUGCAGGUUAUGAAUAUUUUCUAGAGUCUCCUUUUAUUAUUUAAAAAUAUAUAUUCUUUUUCCUUUUGGAUCAGAAGAAAUGUUUUGAAAGCUGAAACUCUUAGCAGACAAUCUGAAAGGAGGAAUCAGUGGGGACAUCAACAGAAAAACAAACCUUAAAGCAGUGGAUGUUUGUCCUACCUGCUUUGUAGCCUGGUAAAAAGCACCUUUUGAAAGCAGAUCCCAAAUGCCUUUAUUGUCAAGUUGUGGGAACUUCAGAAGCAAGAUUGCCAUGAGGUUGGGGGUAGUAGUCACAGUAGCACUUAAUGAGAAGGCACAGUGAGUUUUCUGUUUCCUUUUUUGCUUGGUCAAUGACUGUGAUAUGAAGAUACUGCCUGUUUGGCUGGCAGGAUGGAGCAAUCUUUGAUAACAAUCAAUACUGUUAAUUCAAAACUAAUGUUGAAUAGUAAACCCAAAGGUUGCAAGAGGAUGCUGCUUGAAAGCAAAUCCAGCAUUACAUGCAAUUCUGAAUUUCUUCACCUUAGUUCACAGAGUUUUGCUGUUGUCUUGAAAUUGUUCCCUUUUAAAGUAUUCAGGGGGAAAACCUGAGAGAUUUUAAUAUCAUGCUGGCAGAUGAUAACCCCCUCAACAAGCUGUGUCACUGGUUAUAAAGAGCUGUCAUUUAAUGGAAAUGCUCUUUAAACUUAAGCUGUUUGUAAACUAAACUUUAAAGGUGAGAAUAUUGUGUAAAACCUUAACAGCAAAAAACUAUGCAGCCUUAGGUAUUCUUUAAAAAAGAACUAGGGAAUGUCUGUGACUGUAAGGAAGAAAUUUCAUUGCAGAGAUACAAGUACAGAAAUUAUGCAGGUCUUGCAAAAAAAUAAGCAAACAGUUUCAGGAACAGAGAACAGCAAACUGUAUGAAGAGGGGAAGGAGGUGAUUAUUAACCAUUUGAAAAUGGUGUUACUUUAUUCCUUUAAGCUUUUAAUUGCUGCUCUCUGGGAUAGGAAAUUCAUGUUUAUGAGAAUACGUGAGAGUGGAGGAAGGUCCUGUCUGUUAGAUUGCACAGGUAUUAAAAAAUCUAAAUAUAGUGGCAGUAAGGGCACACCUAGAGUAUCUAUUUGUUUAUUAUUAUUUUAAAAAAAUUCUAGAAAAUGCUGCUUUGGUAGUUCUGGCUUAAGUAGCUGAAGGGUAUAACUUUGUAAAUCCAGUGCUGCUUCUCCUGACAGUUCAAGUGUGAAUUGGCAGUAAAUUGAUUCUUGCCUUUGUAAAGUUUGUUCAUCUGAUUAACGGCUGAAAUGGACUACUCUCUGUUCAGUUAUUUCAAACAAGCCUGCUACAACAGAGGCUGUAGCAAGGGUUAACUAAAGCAGGCUGGUUUGGGGUUUGUUCUUUUCCCCUAGCUGGUAUUUUCAUGCUCUCUUCCUAUGCAGCCAGUGGUUGUUACACCUACCUUUCAACAUUCUUUAGUAAAUGGCAUUUUCACUUUCUUCAAGCCUUUUUAAGAUGCAGUGAGUUCCAAACAAUCACUUGCACAGAUGUUCAUAAGUGUUUUGGGGUGGGUUUGUUUGUUUGUUUGUUUUUGUGUGUGUGGGGGGGGUGUUGUUGGGUUUUUUUUCAGAUACUUGUUCAGUUCUGACACAGGCUCAGGCAUGUAGAUCCUUCAGAAAUGCUCAGAGAGAGUAGCCCAAUUUAAAUUAUCUAUUGAAUGCUGAAACACAAAUUGCACAUGAAAUCCCCAAGCUUCAAGGGUCUCUGGCAGGUCACAUCCUACCAGUCAGUCAAACAUUUAGUCAGUGCCACCCCCAUGCACCUAUGAAACUGAGGCUGUUUGACACCUCUGAGAAUAUUUCUCGUGUUAGAUCUGUUGUAAAUGAGCACAUGGUCCAGAAUAAUUAAUGGUAACACUUCAGUCCUUUUUUGACAGAGUUGUGUUUCUCAUGCAGUUUGUGCUGGUCUGUCUAUUUAGCUGCAAUCAGCCAUGCCUGAAAGACAGGAAAGAACAAGACGGACAAGUGUGUCAGUGAGUGAACCUCUUUUCUGUAAUUAGAAAUGCACAGGGAAUAAAUUAUUCUCUAAUUCAAGCUGUCCAGCUCACACUAAUAAUAACAACUCCAGGAGCAAUCUGUUUAUAAAAAUCAAAACUGAAUUUGUGAGACUCCUUUAGUGCAAGACAGGAUUUACUGUGUAGCCUUGUUCUGGUUUAUCAGGGCUCCAGGAAGGCAGGGUGAGUGUUUGAGGCUGCACUACACAGCCAUUUCAGAAGCAAAUUAUAUAUAUCACGGAUGAUUAGCUAAAACAUUAAUCAGAGAUCACCGUAGCAACUCUGGACCAAAUUUUUCUCUGCUAAAUUAAUGACUGAUAAGGAAAAAAUGCCACAGAAUAAAGGUAUGACUAAACUU